GACACUGCUGGUGCGCAACUGCCCUGGCCCCACUGACGCAUGGGCAUGCUUCUGCUGGCAUUAUCUAUUACAUGGAAAAGACGAUAGGCUUUCAUGUUGCAGGGAAUGGCAUGCUGACAAUGUGUGCCAUUUCAUGACGGGCCUCUCCAGUUUGCUCCUCACAGUUCUCACGAAUGCACCAUGGGAAACGCACGGGUUAUGGUGUAGCGCACUUAAAAAAACAUGGCACUUUAUUCAUAUGCCACUCUCUGCCUCCUAUACAACCGAGCUUAGAGGGAUCCAGUGUCUUGCUCAAGGACACGUCAGCAGGGCGGAUGCUGGCCGGCAGUGAGGUCUUGAACCCUGAUCUUUGCGGUGUGAGGGGCGGUGGACGCCCCGCCGGCUCUCUGGUCCAGCUGAUAUGUCAUUUUAGGCUCAGAAAAACACAGAUUUGCUGGGGAAAGUUCUUGAACGGCGAAGCAGAAGAAGUGGGACCACAAGAGCCCUGUCAUUGCUCUCCAGUGACAAGUGGGCCUGUUUUUACACCUUCCUUCUAAAUAAGGAAGCGGCCUGACAGACAUAUGACCACCGACCCAAUUUGGGAGCAGCCCGAGUGCCCCAUCGCGUCCCACGGCCGCUGAACGCCACCAAUAAGCUUUCUCCCCUUCCAGUCCAGCACUGACAGUAGACUAUUCCCCUCAACUCUCCAUAGACUUGGUAUUUUUUCCUGCUGUCAGCACCCUCUCUACCCUUGUAUUAUCCCAGCGGUGAAGUCAGCAUGAUGUCAUCUAGGGAUGCGAUAGCCCUGGCAAGGUUGAAACUGGGUUUUUGGUGAGUGGUACAGGAUUUAUUCGGAACUCUUACCGUGAGGGAGACAGAGAGGGGGAAGAGAGAGAGAAAGAGAGAGUGUGUGUGUGUGAGAGAGAGAGGCGCGGAGGAGCUGCAAAACAUGGUAAUCACCACCACCACCACCAACAUCACCAUCACCAUCACCUCCAGCUCUGCCGCGCACUCUCCCGUCUCCUCUCCUCCUCUGCACCGGGGCUUUCGUUUCAUGCCCAAAGCCCUGAUCUGCGCUCCAAAAAUAACCCUCAGCCAGCAUGCCGAAGGAAGCAAAACAAGAAGAGCGGUAUUUUUAGGGUCAUUAAUUUCGACCACGUGGCCCGAAGGUAAACCGGAUGGCCGUUGCGCAAAGGCUCCUCGUCAGUAUGUCCUGCGAGGCCGGCACGCCGCACUGGACGCUGACCGCGGUGGUUCUCCUGGGCUUUCUGCUGGGGAUCGUGUCAGCGUACCCUUUACCGAGCAGCAGGACAAAUGCAACUUUACUGGAGAAAAGAUGGGAGACCCUCUUCUCACGCUCUGUACUGGGGAUCUCCGGGGAGAAACCGGAGCUGAACUGGGAGAGUGACUAUCUGCUGGGCAUCAAAAGAGUGCGGAGGCUCUACUGCAACGUGGGCAUCGGGUUUCACCUUCAGGUCCUCCCCGACGGCAGGAUAAACGGUGUACAUAAUGAAAACCAGUACAGUCUAAUAGAGAUCUCUACGGUGGAGAGAGGAGUGGUGAGCCUAUACGGGGUGAAGAGUGAGCUGUUUGUCGCAAUGAACAGCCGUGGGAGGUUAUACGGAACGACAGUCUUCCAUGACGAGUGCAAGUUCAAGGAGAGCUUGCUCCCAAACAACUACAACGCCUACGAGUCUCUGGUUUACAGAGGCUCCUACAUAGCACUCAGCAAGCAUGGCCGCGUGAAGAGGGGCAACAAGGCCACCACUGCCAUGACUGUAACGCACUUCCUACCCCGAAUAUGAUGAGCAAAGACUGGCAAUAACAAACUUAUUUGCACAUGUGGAUUAUUUCCCAGGUAACAUAAAUACCGUAUACGUACGUACAAACACAAAAGACAAAAUGGACUGUAAAAGAAAGAAAUACAUUAUAUCUGAUAGUAUUUAUUCAAACUUUAUAUGUAUAUUUGGGUAGCUUACUUUGUAUUAGAAAUGAUGGAAAUGCCAUUCUUUGCUGCUUUUAUGAUUUUCACCAUUUUGUGAUAAGAAGGGGAUGGAGAGGCUUCAUUGGUCCCCUCAGUUUAUAUGGGUGCUUACUGGAAUUGGUUGAGUCCUUGCCCUGUCAGUGGAUGACAGUUCAUCCUUUUGGAAAUGAAAUGGAUACGUUAUUACCUCAAAGCACCAUAUCCUGAGAUGAAGAAGAUGAAGAAAAAGAGAAAUGUGUGCAUGAAAUUUCUACAGAGAAGAAUGCCUGUUUACUUAAAAGAUGUUUUUGUUGUCAUCCAUCAAGGACUUGGACAUUUCUCAUCCCCUCUAUGUAUUUGCUAGAGCUAACAAGAGCACUUACAAAUGUGGCAGUGGUUUUUCUUGCUUUGUCAUGAGGUGGCGGUGCCUUGGAUUCCUAAUUGCGGCCCCCUUCCCUUUGCAUGUAAGAAACGUGGCGCUCAAGUCAGAAAUAGGAAUGAAAGGCAAGUCAUCACUCCCUCAGACACCACCGGGGGGCUUUAGCCCAAUUCCUAGAGGGCCAGAGGUUUCUCCACUUUAUUUUCUUUCUAUAAUUAGAUCAAUUAAGUAAUUGAGACUCUAUGCUGCACAGGACCCAGUGGAGCCUCUUGUUAAUAUGGAAAGCUGGAUUUAGAGUCAGCACUCAACCCCCCCAUCAUGUCCAAGGGAGCUUUGACAAUCCCAAGUUUUACUUUCACAAAUUUUCUAGCCGGAUCAUCAGGCCAGAUUGAGUGUGUGAGCGUGCACUGUAUAUGUGGCCAUGCAUUUAUUUUAAGUAUGUAUGUGGAGUUGCUCAGUUUGAGAACUGCUUAAUUUUAAAGGGUUUUUUUUCUUUAUUGUGGAAGGUCAAGGGGGCAUCAGUGUAGCAGAAUAUCAUAGACCUGACACUAUGAAGCGAAAUAUCCUCCACUUCUGUCUGCUAUAUGUCAUGUUCCCCCAGUUCAAAUUGAUUUGGUGCAAUCUGGUUCGUAGACUUGUGUUUUUGUAGUUGAUGACUCACUAAUUGAUUCGAUUUGUUUGUAGCAAAAAGUGACGACAGGAGCUGUUUGUCUUUCACACUGGUUUGAUGAUUAUUUGGCACUGGCGCAGUGUUUAUGCAGGAAGUACUGAGGUUACAGUGGAUGCCAUCGAUUAAGUCAAUUCACUGUAAAUAAGAAGGUCUGCUGUAUUAAAUGGAAAUGUGUAAAUAGUCCAGCUUGGUUUAGGCAGAGCUGGGACUGUUUAUGAUUCUGGGAUUUGUGAACAAUACUUCAGGUAACUCAGUCUGUCUAAGAUUUAGAUGAUGUGGAUUGCGCUUAUUGAUCCCAGAUUUCAAAUCUAUUUAUGCAUUAUUCAGAUCGGGCACUGAGUCACGGUACAGCUUCUUGUGAAAGGAAAAGAAUAUGAGAAGUGUUGCAAAAGCAGUGAACCAAAGGGUUUUAAUGGCGAUGUUCAUUCAGGCUUUGUGUAUGCAGCAUACUUGAAUUCAACAACCACUCGUGUUCCUCUUUCAGUUACUGUAGUUUCCAUUGUGGAGACGAGGGGAGGAGGAACAGACAAAGGUGAAGAUAGCAAUGAUGUACAGAGGACUUAUAUGGUACUCUGCAUGUGGCACCAAUUGUUUGUUUAACUUGGUGAGGAUGUGGAUAAUGCGGGUAAAAUACCUGAGCAACAGACAAGCGGGCCCCUCGUCGGUUGAUGUCAGACUGGACAGUCAGCGCUGGGCUCUGGGAUUCUUGUCCUGUCCAUCUGAGCCAUUUUUGUACCAAGGUCGGAGAUGUGAGCUUUCUGUCCUCUGUGUUACUGAUGCAGGCGUGUUGUCUGGUCCGUCUCCACUACUUUUACCGUGUUGUUUUACGGAGCUCUGUACCUGUAUUUCUUGUAUUUCUUCAAGAUAAAAAUGGUUGUCAUGUACUGUAAUGUGCAAUGAAACUAGGUAGUCAUGAUCCUGCACAAUUCUCAGAGCAGAGUCUUUUUUAUGUUGAAAUGAGGUGCAAUUGAGCUUGUUUUUGGUUAUUUUGAAUUAAAUUAUAUUUUGGUACUUGACCUGCAAUAUUCUGCGAGUAGCAAACUACCACUAAAGGCCAGCUUGGUGAAAUAUGAUUAAAAGAAAGUAGCAAAGCUCUUACAGAUAUAUGUUAUCAUAUUUUACCUCAUGCCCUUUCUAACAUUACUGUAGCGCACUGACAAAAUGUCUGUGAGCAAUGGUUUACGUGCCCUUUAAGCUCCAGCUUAUGUCUAGUAGCAGAGACGAAUGUGCAGUAUCUGGUCAGAGUGAGUGUGUGUAUGCAAGCGCGCGCUCUCGCGCGUGUGUGUGUAUGUGCGUGUGUUUGACUGAGCGCACGCCUGUCAUGUUCUGUUUCUGCCAAAGCGACGGUAGAGAUGGUAUCAGAUCAAUUUACCUUGAGUCAGGAAUAACAGGGCAUUGUCUGACUGUGCAAGCUGAUGUACUGUACUCUCCUCACAUGAGAGGAUAAAGGUGAGAGGCAUGGAAGAAGCAACACAGAAGCUACUGAGGGAUAUCUGUCAAAAGAAAAGACUGACUGUGGUUUGAGCUGGUCGUUAUGUAGCAAAAGGCCACGUAAAAAGAAUCAAAUGCUUCCAGGAAAGCGACACUUGGGUUAAACAGACUGUUUGGUGAACUGAAUACUGUGAUCCAAGAGAGCAACUUGAUAGUCUGAGGAUGUCACGUUUAAUCUUUUUGAAUAUUAUCACCAUUUAUAAUUGUGUUUUUUGGGAUUUUACCUUGAGCAUUUUAUUACUCAGUUUGACCGACCAGCCAUUACCACAUCACCGAUGAUCAGAAAAUGAUCACCUGUAGCUUUUUCUUGGCUGAUUUUGUGGCAGUGAGGAGUUGUUUGGAGAAGUAUUUUGGCUGAUUUGUCAAAAUAUACUAAAAGGUGCAAAUUUGUUUUUUAUGCAGUGCAAUUUACUGAGCAGGGGUUCAUGCUGUUUUCCCUUUGCUAUGCUUCCAUCAAAACAGGCUGACCUGCAAAAUCGAAAGCACUUGUUUUUGAUGGCAAUAUUGUGUUAAUUACUGUAUGUCAUUUGUAGUUUAUUAUGGUAUGUUUCAGAGGACACUGUCAGCACAAUGAUUUGAGUGGCAGAAUGGGAAUUGCAGUGGCUUUCUCUUCAAGCUGUGAGGGACACCUGAUUAGUUGAUAUUGUAAGAAUUUCAGCCGGUAUCGUUUACACCAAAAACAACAGAGGUUGGUGUUCAAUUCAAACAAAGCUAGAGAAUUGAAAGUCUGAAAGAAAAAUGACUCUGUUACAAGUUCUACAACUUUUCCAUGAUGUUGUUUCGAGGCAGAAAAGGUUGUAUGAUAUUGAAUCAACUGAGAGAAGGUAGUUAAUGGUAAGAAAAAUAUCACUCUUCACCAUAAACUCCUACUUCCCAAAUUCCCCAUUAUGCAUAUGGAGUUCUGAAUGGACUAGGUAUGUAUCACUCCUUUUGAUUAAGGAUCCAGUGUCUGGAUUUUGCCAUUGUGCUUAUCAUACCUGUUCAGCUGGUUUUAAAAUGUGUUGGUUCACAGGGAACUGGAGGUCUGUGGGAGGAUCUGGGAUCAGAUUUGUGUAUGUGUGUGCGUGUGUGUGUGUGUGUUUGUGUGUGUGUGUGUGUAUGUGUGUGUGUGUGUCCCUGUGUGCCGGCAGCCUUUGUGUUUCUCUCUCAGUUUUCUAUUCCUGCACUGAGGGGAGAGUGCUUCCUCUGAGUCCCCCUCCUCUUUUUUAACAUAUACCUCACCUUCUGCCUUAGUUCCGAUUAUUGAAAUGAUUGUAAAUUAGUUUGAAACAACAGACUUCUCCAAUCAUUUGUUUCUGAAAAAUAUUAUGACGAGUAAGUAAAAUACUAUAUUACAAAUGGUUUUCCUUUUAUUUUUGUACGUAUGUGCUGUGCACAGCAGUCAACUGUAUUCCUGAAAUGAUAAUAAAAGACGUUUUGUAAAAGCUGUUGUGAUUGGAUGCUUUAAAGUUGCAGGUUUGACUUAUUUUAUGCUUCUUGA